UGGUCGGCGGUACUUCACCUUCAGUGGCAUUGACUUGGACUGUGUCCCUUUCUUUGAAAAUGGAACCCCCAUCCAAGCGCUCGCGCAAGUUGCUCGACGACGAUAGCUCCAGCGACUCAGGAGAUGAGUCUGGCGGAGUUCCCAUCACCAACGAGGACAUUACGUUCAAGAUCAACGAAGACUAUGCGCGUCGCUUUGAAUACAACAAGAAGAGAGAAGAGAAGCAGCAACUGGAGUCGAAAUUCGGCAAAUCCUCUGUGCUCGGAAAACGUCGUGACCGCGAUGGUGAAGAUGAGUCCGGCAACUCGGAAGAUGAUUCUUCUGAUGAGGAGGAAGAUGAGGACGGAGAACUGGCCACCACCGCUCUGGAUGCCGAGAUCAUGGCCACCUUGAAAGCGAUCAGAUCGAAAGACCCUCGGGUGUAUGAUACCAACACCACCUUCUAUACCCCGCUCGAUGAGGAGGCGACCGCCGAAAGCUCUGGAAAGAAAGAAAAGCCCAUGACCCUUCGUGAUUACCAUCGUGAGAACCUAUUGAGUGGCGCCAACCUGGCAGAUGAAGAGACAACGGAAGCGCCCAGGACCUACGCCCAGGAGCAGGAGGAAUUGAAAAACGCAGUUGUCAGGGAAAUGAACGCUGCCACUGCUGGUAAAGACGCAUCGGAUGAUGAGGAUGACGACGACGACGACUUCCUUGUUGCCAAAUCAAAGCCCGAGCCUAUCCCAGCGCCCAAGACAGAUGUCAAUGUUGAUGUCGAGAAUGCGGACAAGGAUCCGGAGACUUUCCUUUCGAACUUCUUGUCGGCGAGAGCAUGGAUACCUGCUGGAAGAUCCGAACUCCAACCUUUCGAGUCUGACGAUGAAGAGGAGGAUCAACGGGCAGACGCUUUCGAGGAGGCAUACAACUUCCGCUUUGAAGAUCCCAGCAAAAUCAAUGCCACGUUGAUCACUCAUUCCCGUGACACGACCAACAAACAAUCGGUCCGCAGAGAAGACAAGAGUAGCCGGAAGAAGCGCAGAGAUGCUGAGCAGCAGCAGAAGGACGAGGAGAAGAAGCAGCGUGAUACCGAGAAGAACCGCCUUCGGAAGCUCAAGAUGGAAGAGCUUCAGGAGAGGGUCAGCCAGAUCAAGGAGGUUGCGGGUAUUCGUGCAUCUGAGAUGACCGACGAAGAUUGGGCUGGCUUCUUGGAUGCCGCCUGGGAUGACAAGGAUUGGGAGAAGGAAAUGCAGAGGCGUUUCGGUGAAGACUACUAUGCGGAGGACGACAAGGCAGGAAGUGGAGAUGAGUCAGGGCAUAAGAAGAAGCGCCCGAAGAAGCCCACGUGGGACGACGACAUUGAUAUCAAGGAUCUCGUUCCGGACUUCGAUGACGAGGAGAAGCCUGUCUUGGGUGGCUCUGAUGUCGAGAUGGAGGAUGGCGAUGAGGAGGCCUCUGGAAGCAACAAGAAGAGUAAGGCGCAGGAGAGGCGAGACCAGAAGCGUGAAGCCCGCAAAGACCGACUUCGUAUCGAGGAGGCCUUGGACCGCAACUUGGAUCUCGACAUUAGCCUUCUCCCGGGUGCGACCAGAAAGAAUGCCACUGGAUUCCGAUACCGCGAAACCUCGCCCCAGAGUUUCGGGCUGACUGCACGAGAUAUCCUCAUGGCCGAUGACACCCACCUCAAUCAAUUUGCGGGCCUGAAAAAGCUUGCUUCAUUCCGUGACCCUGAAAAGAAGAACCGGGAUCAGAAGAGGCUGGGCAAGAAGGCGAGACUAAGGCAAUGGCGCAAGGAUACGUUUGGUGACGAAGAAGGCCCUAAGAUUCCUGAGCAAGGCCCAAGUGCGCCUACGCCGAAGGAGGAUGCAGACAAUGUUGAUAUCCGCGAUGGUGAACCCAAGAAGAAGAGGAGAAAGAGGUCUAAGAAGCAGUGAGGGCGCUUUUUCUAGUAUAAAUGGCUUACAGCAGAUGGGUCUAUUGUCUAUAUAACGGCGUAUCAAUGUCAAUGCUGCUGGCUUUGUUAAUAAGUGGUUCAAAAGUUUGAAAAUAUAUUCCCCUAGCCUUGACUUGCAUACUAGUAUAGACCUGUCUCUUCAUAUGUUUCUAUAUGGGAAAUGAAAUAUCAGUCUGUUGC